AUGAAGCAGAGAUUCUCGUCUCUGGACGUGAAGGUCAUCACGCAGGAAUUGGCCUCAGAGCUGGUCCACCUCCGUGUGUCCAACAUCUACGACCUGUCCUCACGCAUCUUUUUAUUCAAACUCGCCAAACCGGACCAUCGCCGCCAGCUCAUCGUCGACUCCGGUUUCCGCACUCAUGUAACCCAAUACUCGCGCACAGCUGCCACAACGCCCUCUCCCUUCGUUACGCGCUUCAGAAAAUACCUGAAGUCGCGUCGGAUUACCAGCAUCACUCAAAUCGGAACUGACCGCAUUAUCGACUUCUGCUUCAGUGAUGGCGCAUACCACAUGUUCCUCGAAUUCUUCGCCGGUGGCAACAUCAUCUUGACGGAUCGCGACCACAACAUUAUUGGAUUGUUCCGACAGGUCCCCGCUGGCGAAGGUCAGGAGGAGAUCAAGGUUGGACUCAAAUAUACCGUGUCCAACAAGCAAAACUAUGAUGGGGUUCCGGAUGUCACAACGAAUCGCAUUAGACAGACACUGGAGAAGGCACAGGAGCUCUUUUCCCAGGAGGGUUUCGCGCCCAAGAAAUCCAAGAAGAAGGGUACAGAAGCUUUGCGAAAAGCAUUGUCGCAAGGAUUCCCCGAAUAUCCUCCCUUGCUAAUGGACCAUGUCUUUGCCGUGAAGGAAUUCGACACUGCCACGCCGCUGGACCAGGUCUUGGGAAACCCGGAUAUUUUACAGAAAGUGAAAGAGGUGUUGGAAGAGGCGCAACGAAUUUCCAAGAGCUUCGACUCUGGCGACAGCCACCCUGGCUACAUUGUCGCCAAGGAGGAUUCCCGACCUGCCCCCGAAGGAGAAGAGUCAAAGCUUAGCCUGCUGUACGAAGACUUCCACCCAUUCAAGCCUCGCCAAUUCGAAAAUAAGCCGGGGAUCAAGAUCCUGGAGUUUGAACGCUUCAAUGCUACUGUGGAUGAGUAUUUCUCGUCUCUGGAAUCGCAGCGUCUCGAGUCGCGACUGACCGAACGCGAGGCGGCCGCCAAGAAGAAGCUGGAAUCUGUACGACAAGAACACAUGAAGCGCAUUGACGCAUUGAAAGAUGCGCAAGAGCUUCAUAUUCGCAAGGCCGAUGCUAUUCAGGACAAUGUUUACCGAGUUCAAGAAGCAAUGGAUGCUGUCAAUGGAUUGGUAGCCCAAGGAAUGGACUGGGGAGAAAUUGCGCGCCUCAUUGAGAUGGAGCAGGAACGCGGCAACCCAGUAGCGCAAAUAAUCAAGCUGCCUCUCAAGCUGUAUGAGAACACAGUCACUCUUCUUCUUGGUGAGGCUGGUGACGACGAGGAUGAAGACGAAGAUGUUUCUAGCAGUGAUGAAUCAGAAUCAGACCCAGAGGAUGAAGAAAAGCAGGAGGCCGGCCGUGCUGAAAGAGAGUCUAAGGCAUUGACUAUCGACAUUGACCUUGGUCUCAGCCCUUGGGCCAAUGCCUCGCAAUACUAUGACCAAAAGAAGCAGGCUUCGGAGAAGGCAGAGAGAACUGCCCAAUCUUCCACCAAGGCGCUGAAGAGUCACGAGAAAAAGGUCACAACUGAUCUCAAGAAGAAUUUGAAGCAGGAGAAAGAAGUCCUGCGCCAGACCCGGACGCCAUUCUGGUUUGAGAAAUUCAUCUUUUUCAUCUCCUCGGAAGGUUAUCUGGUUAUUGGUGCUCGUGAUGCCAUGCAAAGCGAACUCCUCUACCGCCGAUACCUGAAUAAGGGCGAUAUAUUUGUCCACGCUGACCUGGAAGGUGCCACGCCAAUGGUGGUCAAGAACCGGGCCGGUAGUGCCGAUGCACCAAUUUCACCAUCUACUCUCUCUCAAGCCGGAAACCUUUGUGUUGCGACUUCAUCUGCGUGGGAUUCUAAGGCCGUAAUGUCCGCCUGGUGGGCACAUGCUCAUCAGGUGUCGAAGAUUGCGGAUAAUGGAAGUGGUAUUCUACCCACUGGAUCUUUCCAGAUCAAGGGAGAGAAGAAUUUCUUAGCUCCAUCGCAACUUGUUCUUGGAUUUGGUAUCAUGUUCCAAAUCAGCAAGGAGAGCAGCGUAAAGAACCACAAGCAACGCUUUGACGCGUUCGAGAUCCCACAGAUUGAUGCUACACCCGCAGGUCCAGCUGCUGCUUCAGAAUCGAAGGAAACUUUCACUGUGACGCAAGAGGUGCCGGAGAAGACAGAGUCUACUCCGGAGCGUACUUUAGACACAGAGAAGGAAGCCGAAGCGUCAGAAGAUGAGGAAGACGAAGACAACAAAGCAGCAACUCGUAACCCCCUUCAACGGGGUGACUCGGAGCUUCCAGCUACCAAGCCAUCCCAAGAAGAAGAAGCCGAAUCUGAGUCCGACUCCGACUCCGACUCCGAGCCAGAGGCAGAACCCACCGAAGAGGUCGCAGAACCAGCUUCAGAGGUUGAAGAAGAUGCCGCAUCAGCUACCCAAACCACGCCACAGGAACCUGAAGAGCCGAAGCUCACGGCCAAAGAGCGACGUACUUUGCGACAGGGCAAGCCUCUUGAGCGCGACCAGGAACCAGUUGCGCCACGUAUCGCCCCCACUCGGGGCAAGCGGGCGAAGGAUAAGCGCGCAGCUGCUAAGUAUGCCCACCAAGAUGAAGAGGAGCGAGAACUAGCUCUUCGCUUGGUAGGUGCAAACAAGGGCAAAGCUGCGAAGGCCGCCAAGGCAGCUGAAGCCAAGGAGCAACGCGAACGGGACGCCGAGGCGCAAAGGCAACGCCGUCGGGCCCAGCACGAGCGCGCCGCCGAAGCUGAGCGCAAACGCCAAGCUGCCUUUACUGAAACUGGAACGGAUGAUUACAACGAGGAGACUGCAGCAGCAGAGGCAGCAGAUCUCGCUUGGAUUCCGGCUUUGAUUGGCACACCGACUACGGAUGACGAGAUCCUUGCUGCUGUUCCUGUCUGUGCUCCUUGGGGUGCCCUUGGGCGCUACAAGUACAAGGUCAAGCUGCAGCCAGGUGCCGUGAAGAAGGGCAAGGCUGUCAAGGAGAUCAUCGGUCGGUGGGUACACGAGACAACAACUGGCAAGGUCAAGAAGGAACAUGCCGAGGAUGCUGGAAUCCCCCGUGUUGAUGCGGAGCGUCUCCGCGCACAGGAGGGGGACCUUAUCAAAGGCUGGAAGGAGUCCGAGAUUAUCAACACCAUGCCUGUUGGUAAGGUGCGAAUCAUGACUCCGGGUGCUGGAGGAGGUGGCGGCGGCGGUGAUAAGGGUAAAGGUGGAAAGGGUGGAGGAGGUCCCAAAGGAAAGGGAAAGAAGAAAUGA